AGCACCCAUCUGGCACCCCCAGAAAGUUCAUGCUUACUAGAGAGUUUGUGGGCAAAGUAAAACCCAGUGCACACACGGAACUAUGGCUGAGCACGGGGCUCACAUCACAGCUGCUUCUGCGGUGGAUGACCAGCCAUCCAUCUUUGAGGUGGUAGCACAGGACAGUUUAAUGACAGCAGUGAGACCUGCUCUUCAGCAUGUGGUCAAGGUUCUUGCAGAAUCAAAUCCUGCCCGCUACGGCUUCUUGUGGAAGUGGUUUGAUGAAAUCUUCACGCUGCUAGAUCUUCUGCUCCAGCAACAUUAUCUGUCUAAAACCAGCGCCUCGUUUUCUGAAAACUUCUAUGGCUUAAAGAGGAUCGUAAUGGGAGACACACACAAGCUUCAGAGACUGGCCAGUGCUGGUCUCCCAAAGAAGCAGCUUUGGAAGUCAGUUAUUUUCCUGGUUCUUCUUCCCUAUCUGAAAGUGAAGCUGGAGAAGCUGAUUUCUAGCCUGAGAGAAGAGGAUGAAUAUUCCAUCCAUCCCCCUACUUCCCGCUGGAAACGAUUUUACAGGGCCUUUUUGGCAGCCUACCCAUUUGUUAACAUGGCCUGGGAAGGCUGGUUUCUUGUACAGCAGCUUCGAUACAUCCUAGGAAAGGCUCAGCAUCACUCACCACUGCUGAGUCUGGCUGGGGUUCGGCUAGGUCGACUUACAGUUCAGGAUAUACAAGCUCUGGAGCACAAACCAGGCGGAGCCAGCAUGAUGCAGCAACCAGCUGGGAGCGUUGGCGAGAAGAUAAAGUCAGCUCUGAAGCAAGCCGUGGGAGGUGCCGCCUCAUGCCUCUCUACUGGCCUCUCGGUGGGUGUAUUCUUCCUGCAGUUCCUUGAGUGGUGGUAUUCAUCCGGAAACCAAGAAACCAUCAAGUCAUUGACUGCCCUGCCUACCCCACCACCACCGGUACAUCUAGACUACAAUUCUGAUUCUCCCCUGUUGCCCCAAAUGAAGACUGUGUGCCCACUGUGUCGUAAAAACCGGGUGAAUGACCCCGUUCUCGCCACCUCUGGCUAUGUGUUUUGUUAUCGCUGUGCGUUUAAUUACGUGAAGAGUCACCGAGCUUGUCCCAUCACAGGUUAUCCAACACAAGUACAGCAUCUGAUUAAACUGUACUCCCCUGAGAGCUGA